AUGGAGACGACCGGCUUCACCGAGAACCAGAUGAUGGUCCGCGAGGCCGUCUCACAGAUCUGCGCCUCCUUCCCCAACGAGUACUGGCGCGAGAAGGACCGCGCCGAGCAGGACCCGACCGAGUUCCACGCCGCCCUCGCCGCCGCCGGCUGGCUGGGCAUCGCCCUUCCCGAGUCCCUCGGCGGCGCGGGCCUGGGCAUCGCCGAGGCCACCAUGAUGAUGCAGGCCAUCGCCGAGUCCGGCGCCGGCAUGGCCGGCGCCCAGGCCAUCCACGCCAACGUCUACGCCACGCAGCCGCUCGCUCGCUUCGGCUCUGCCGCGCAGCUGCGCGAGACCAUCCCCAACAUCAUCGCCGGCCGCUGGCGCGCCUGCUUCGGCGUCACGGAACCCGACGCCGGCCUCGACACGCUGAGGCUGUCCACGCGCGCCGAGCGCGCCCCCGACGGCUCGGAGUACCGCAUCACCGGGCAGAAGAUCUGGAUCACCUGCGCGCAGGUCGCCUCGCGCAUGAUCCUGCUCGCCCGCACGGCGCCGCGCGACGAGCGCAGGCCGAGCGAGGGCCUGUCGCUGUUCUGCAUCCCGCUGGACAGGGCGGCGCCGGGGUUGGAGGUCCGCGGGAUCCGCAAGAUGGGCGGGCGCGCGGUCGACGCCAACGAGGUCUUCUUCGACGGCUACCGCGUGCCCGCGUCGAGCCUGGUCGGCGAGGAGGGCCGCGGCUUCCGCAUGAUCCUGCACGGCAUGAACGCGGAGCGCUGCCUGCUCGCCGGCGAGGCCCUGGGUCUGGGCUACGCGGCGCUGGCGCGGGCGGCCGAGUACGCGUCGGCGCGGGUGGUCUUUGGGCGGCCGAUCGGCGCGAACCAGGGCGUCGCGCACCCGUUGGCGGACGCCUAUAUGCGGCUUGAGGCGGCCAAGCUCGCAACGUAUCACGCGGCGCGUCUCUACGACACCGCCGCAGCCCAGGCCGCCGGGCAGACUACCGGGGGGACCGGGCCGGCCACCGCCAUCACGCAGGACGCCGUGGGGGUCGCGGCGAACAGCGCAAAGUACCUGGCCGCCGAGGCGGCGUUCACGGCGUGCGAGAGGGCCGUCCUGGCGCACGGCGGCAUGGGCUACGCGCAAGAGUACGACGUCGAGCGCUGGUUCAGGGAGUGUCUGGUGCCGCGCAUAGCCCCCGUGAGCCGCGAGAUGAUCCUCAACUACAUAAGCGAAAGAGUGCUGCGCCUGCCAAGAAGUUAUUAG